AGUGACAACUCAACAGAUCAUUAAAAUACUUUUUUAAUACUAUUGAUAAACUAGUAUCGUGUUUCCAAGUAUCAUAAUCAUUCAAAACGAAUAUGACUAACACCUUUAGUAUGUUUAACCAUUAGAAGCCUUGAGGAAUUCAGUUCUGAGGUUGUCCAUCAAUAUUGAUUAAAAAAUAAUAAAGGUGCAAAUCAGAUAAAUUGUUGCACGAGAAACAUAGAGAAUUAAUUGCAUUUAAAGUAAAAUAGAGAUUCAUGUACAAAUAAAUUAGAUAAACAUAAACACAAGGAUACCAUGAAACAUUAUUACCAUAAAUCAGGUAGAGUGAAUAACCGAAUAGAGGCUUAAUUGCGGAAUACCUUUUCUUUUUAAAUGUCGCUACAAUUGGGAUGGAACAAAAUAUUAAAGGAUACAAAGACUUUGCUUUAACAGCAUGUCAGCUCUAGUGAAAGGUUGUACAAAUCAUGGUGUGCUAUUUGGGUUCCUUUGCAGAAGAAGGCAUUUGGACAGCCACUCCACAGCUGGGUCAACUGGGGGAAGUAUGCUGCAUCACAAGGGUGUUGAACUGGCAACUUUCCCUAGAUAUAUGAGCAAUGCCACUGUGGGUUUUGUGGGACUGGGCAAUAUGGGAAGCCAUAUGGCUCGAAAUUUGCUCAAAAAAGGGCAUCCAGUGGUGGCUUAUGAUGCAGUGCCACAAAAUGUUCUGGCUUUGAAGGCAGAUGGCGCCAGUGUAGUAGGAUCCCCUAAAGAAGUAGCAAGUCAGACCAGCAUACUUGUCACCAUGUUACCUGCAAGCAGUCAUGUCUUAGAUGUGUACACAGGAAGUUCUGGCAUUCUCAGGUCUGUACAAAAGGGGAGUCUUUUGAUUGAUAGCAGUACUAUAGAUCCAUCAGUAGCUCAGCAAAUAGCUCAGGAAUCUAAGGCAUCCUGUGCUACCUUUGUUGACGCACCAGUCUCAGGAGGUGUGAAUGCAGCUCGAGAUAGUCUGCUGACUUUCAUGGUAGGCGCAGAAAAAGAAGAAGAUUUUGUCAGAGUUAAAGAAAUUCUCAAUAAAAUGGGAAAGAAUGUAGUGCACUGUGGCCCUGUUGGAACUGGUCAGGCUGCUAAAAUUUGUAACAACAUGUUGCUGGGCAUCUCGAUGAUUGGCACUGCAGAGGCUAUGAACCUGGGAAUAAAACUAGGCCUAGACCCUAAACUUCUUGCCAAGAUCCUGAACAUGAGUUCUGGUCGCUGUUGGUCUUCGGAGGUGUACAAUCCAGUUCCUGGGGUGGUGGAAGGAGUGCCUUCUGGCAAUAACUACAAAGGUGGCUUUGGCUCAGCUCUCAUGGCCAAGGACCUAGGCCUAGCUCAGAAUGCAGCCACAUUAAUAAAAGCUCCAACUCCACUAGGGUCAUUGUCUCAUCAGAUCUACCGGAUUAUGGUCAACAGUGGCUAUGCGGAAAAAGAUUUUUCUUCAGCUUUCAAGUUUCUUCAAGAUCAAGCUGCAGAGAAAAAGGAGUGCUAAAUCCCAGCAAGAAAGGCAAGAAAGGAGUCUGCUGCAUAAAACACCAGACUUUUAGGGGGCUUUAAAAAAAAACAAGCAGGAGUGGUAAUUCAGUCCCUUUUCAUAUAUAUUGCUCAAAGGUGCUGAUUCUUAGUGGAACAAAUCUAUUAGCCAAGUCUUGUCAUGUAACACACUUGGAUAUUGUGAUAGAGUUAUGUAAGUGCAUUAGGUGGGAAAUAAAACUCAUUGCACACUUCUUCCCUUAGAAUAUACAGACCAAUUCAAGUUAGCAUUUACAUAUACUACUUUUGUGACAUUGAUGCAUUUAAGAUGACUAACUAUUUCAAUUGAAACAUUUUAUCUAUACUCAUGCAUUUGAAAUGUUUAUUUACUCAGAUUUAGUUUUUGAGAAAACCAAUAUCAAAUGUGUGACUUUUUAAACUGUUUAUAAAAUAUGUGUGAGAACGGUAGUACAAAUAGCUGUAUUAGUAGGAAUGUCCUUGUGUACAGCAGAAAAUGUCUAAACAAAAGCAGACAAAAAUAUAGAAAUAUUCUCCCCUACCCCCAACAUAAAACAGAUAUAUUAUGUAAUGUCCAUGAGUUAAAAAAGUAAUUUGUGAUAAGCACCAUCAGAAAAUGAAGGAAAUGUGAUACUCCACUUGAAAAAAAGAUAAUCAGAAGUGUUAUUUGUUAUGGUGAUGUUAUAUUAUUUAUCAUAUUUUAAAGUUAUCAGUUUUAACGUUAAAAAGGAGAUUGUUUUCUAAUUUUGGUAAUCUUAUUACAUGCUACAGAAUUAAAAAAUUAAUUGUAGAGUGAAUGCCAUGAAAUUAUGUUUUUCAGAAUAUAUAUUAUUUUACAUUUCUUAAUAUUUCACAAUGCAAUAUUAAAUUUUACUGUUAGGCUUGCAUAUAUUGGAGAGGGGGUACAUUGUAAAUCAGGAACAGUUUUUCAAAUAAUUGAUUUUUUUUAACAUCUUUAUGCUGAAAAAUCAACUGUAUUAGACAUUUUACACUUUGUACCGAAUGUUAAUAUUGCCUUUUGGCAUUAUACUUCUAGCUUUUGGAAAAUUUAGGUACACAGUGAGGACCUGGCCAAUUUUCCUGAAUUUUGAGAGAACAUAAAAAGCAUAUUAUAUUAGGAUGCUGUGCUUGUGAAAAAUUUGAAUAACUAGUAUUAUUAAAAUAUUUUACCACCUGUU